AUGACCGAAGGACAGUGUCAAGCAGCAACAAACAUGAAAAAUGUUCGAAAAGCUUUGAGAGCCAGAGUGGGCGUCAAAAAAACCGGUGCUAAACGACCAACAGUGUUGGAUAAAGAACCGGCGCAUCAAAGAAAACAAAUAAACAAUACAAAAACCAUUGCUGGAAGACCAUCGAAAUUACCACAGCGUAAACGAACAAUGGCAUCGUCGGCUGAUGUGUUGCGGUACGACUCUGGUUCCGAUUUACAAACAGAAUCGCCGUCCACCCCAAAAGUAAGUGAUUAUGCUGCAAAUAUGCUUCUCACGACAUUUUGGUUUAUUACUUUUCGAAGAGGUUGGCCAUGGCGGAUAUGACGAAUAUGCAAUAAAUAACAAAAAAUAUUCUGACGAUCGCUCUUCGAACAUUCACACAUGUUUCCCACUGACUUUUAUUCGAAUCAGUGAUUGAACAAUUGCAUCGUCAGCAAUAGUUCGUCAACAUUAUGUAUUAACACCAUAGUUGUGUUACUGUUUAUGAAGUAUCUGUUAAAAAUUGACUGGAAAUUUUUGUCUUUGUCUGUUGUUAUGUCGGUUCAAUGACUUUUGUCUAGCUGUAAACAGUUUAUGUGCCAUUGCACAUUAGAGACGACCUAAGUUGUUCAAUCAAUAUCUAAGCUUUUUGUUUAUACUUGCACAGCAGGUAACAGCGACACACUUAAGAAGAUUUCUAGCAUUUCUUCACUGAAACUUACUUGUUUCAAAAGUUAUGGAAUUUUCGUGACAGGCUGAAAUGAUAACUAUAUGAAAGUGAAAUUUCUUUUGUUUAUCUCUUGGUCUAGGAAGUAGAUUAAGAGUUCACAUUUGGAGCAUAAGUAGUAGAGUUAAGUAGUAUCUAUAGCCAAGAGCAUAUGCAAAAAUAACUGUCGUACGUGUAUGAACAUAUACGCACAACAAGGAGGAAUUUUACUAGCGCGAAGAAUUUCACAUAAUUUGUUUUUACCUGAAAAAUAUAUUAUUGCAUUUAAUAUUAGUUAUAUUUAUUGUAAUCUGGAGCGUCUAAUGAAUUCUGAUCUUUAAAUCGGUUCUAGUGAGAGGAUACAUUCAUAUGGUAAUGCUGAACUUGAAUGUAGGUAGUUUACUAGGGCCCGUCGUUCCAGAGGAACAUAAAGAUAAAAACACAUUGAAAAGCACAGAUCAACGGAAAAUUUCUAUCUCUGAAGGAAAUCCUCUUGUGAUUGCAAUUGUGGAAUCCUAGUUAGUUCAAACGACAGAGGAUGAUGCUAUAAAUAUUCUAAAUUAUUCUGGGCAUAGACUUAAUAGAGGUAAAACAGCAGGUGGAAGUAUACUUUAUACUCGAAAUGAUGUUAACUCCACUCGCCCUUUCCAAUUUGAUAAGAAAAAGUUAGCUCUACAAACUGAUCACAUCGGAAUCUCUUGGUUAGACGACUUUGGAUGGAUUCCAAAGACCAUGUUUCUAUAGGCCUAAACAAGCAUAAAGAAUUGCCGUAGAGAAAUUCUUAAUCAUUUGUGGUUCCCUCGUUAGAUGCUCUCAAAUAUUUCGCAAAACUUGUAUAGUAUAGAGCUUUGUAGAUCUGUCUACAUGAGAAAAUUAAAAUUUUCCCUAUUUUCUUUCACAGAUGCUACAGAAAGCUUGCUGCUUCCCCGUAAGACGAUCGUUAUUUUGAUCAGUAUGUAUAGUUACCAAAACCAAAUGGAGAAAAAUUGUUUUAUAGUAGUAAUUAGCGUGACGUUCUUGGUAACAUUAUUUUGCGUGUUGCUUGAUGAUUCAAAUAGUGGUAUUUGCACGAGACCAGACGGAAAGGGAU